AUCGGAUAUACAUCUGGGUUGCACCAAGUUCUUCGGCACAUCAAGGGUAGAGCUCACACCACAGGUAUUGAGAGCUUGCUUGGCGACACUCUUCGCCGUCAAUACUGCCAUCACCGUUAUCCAGCUCGGACUACACGGACAACAAGCGUCGUUUCGACAUGGCUUGCUCGGAUGGGGACUCUUUCACUAUCGAUUCUGAUGUCACGUACGAGGAUUCCUUAAGCUUCGACGGUUGCUACGAGGCGUCCGCGGACACCUUCAAUUCUGAAACCAUGUACUUUUUGGACGGGGAUGAGUUCAUCGGCUACCCGGGGAUUUACUCUAGUAAUAACUUCGAUGAUGACGGCGACGAACAUGGUACCUGGGUACUGGGAUACUAUACGACGGACGGCGAGUUCUUUCGCAGAUGCAAAGACGCUGACGAGGAAGAUUCGUCCACACUGCAUCCGGCAGAGGUCGUGCAGUGGGAUUGCAAGGAAUAUGGUGACACGGAUGAAGACGUGUAUUUAGAUAUCGACGCCGCGGUGACCAUUACCUGUGGCUGUGACUCUCCAACCCCCUCUCCAACUCCCGCCCCAACUCCCUUUCUGACUUCCUCUUCAACUCCUUCGCCUACAAGUCCGUCUCUAACCACUCCGAGUGCUCCCUCCUCGACUCCCUCUCCUAGUAGUCCCUCUCGGACUACUCCGAGUACUCCCUCUCCGGCUGCUCCCUCCCAGACUGCUCCCUCUCCGACGACUGGCUCUCCCGCCGUCGGCCUGACCGCACCCGCAAGCCCUUCACCUGAGUUGAUGACGGAAACGCCUUCCGGAGAAGGCGAGCAGUUGAUGUAGUACUUUUCGAACAUCAUUUGCUACUCCACCCGGGCAAGGUGACUUUGAUGCAUAGAAACUACAGCGUCGCUGGAGGUCAAAGCGACUGCCGCAACUUUGUCCACCACGGAUGUCUGGAUUUCAAUGCCCAUUCCUUUUUCUGGCCGUUCCACUUUGGUCCUUAACUACUGCUGCGCCAUCGCAGCAACUCCGGUUGGCGCCAUCGCUGGAGGUACUGUGGCGGGCGUACUGGUGGUUGGUGCCGUCAUCCUGUUUGUCCUUUUCAAGACUGGUUGCUUGAAGUGCCGCGGAAGCUCGCGAAAGGGUCCCGUUGAUGACGUUGCUCCGGCACCUAUAAGCGGCGCAGUGAUGAUCGUGGGGACGCGAGUUGAGGCUACUGCGGCCCCCGUCGCGCAUCAGUACCCUGCUACCUAUCAGUACCCGCAGGCGCUAUGAGUCCGAGUGGCAAAUCGUGAGGCACGAGGAGUACUCUACUCUCCUCAUUCGCUGACAAAGGGAGCAUUUUCUCCGCAGUUGGAGGCCUCUGCAGAGCACCGUCGUUAGUGGUGCCAAUAGGGCAAUUUACUGUCGAAGCACGCUAUUCCUAGCAGCAAAAAAGACUCCUUCGUGCUGUGAUCGAGGAUUUGGGUGGCAAAAGGGGGUUGAGUUUACUCAGUUGGCAUUUCCGUUUGAAGUGGGUGUUGGCUUCGAGUCUUUACUCGAUUUCGUUGGGUGGAUGUGGUUAUUGUUCAUUUGCGACAGUCAAAGGUCUAGAGUUUAUACCGCCCUCUAGGGCAGUGUACCUACAUAUCCCGGACAGCCCAAGUUCUAGACUACACAUUCCGGGUCACACGCUGGGGCCGUGCUGUGCUGGUCUUUGACAUAUGCUGGAGAUGAUGAGUCGCGAGCUUGUGUGAAACUCUACAUGUGCUUGCCAGCCCCCUCGCCGCGAAGUAGCCCAGUAGUGUGUGGUCACGAGGUUCCACACAGAAGGGAAUGUGUCGCACCAAUUUAGCGUGUGCUACAGCUUGCACACGAAGACGUUCG